AGUGCCUUUCUGUGUUUGUGUCCAUCUGCCCUGCGAUGGACUGGCGUCCCGGCCAGGGUGUCCCCGCUUUGCGUCCGUCCCCUGCUGCGAGAGGCUGUGGCUCCCUCCUGAUCCUGUAUGGAGUCAACACUAUAGAAACCGGGUGGACUGACAGGCGGGCAGGCAACAGGACAUUGAGACAUGUCCCUGUCUCCAUCCACAGAGAGGCGGUCAGGGCCAGGGAACCGACAGGACAGUGAGGGCGGCGCUCCCGUCGCCGACCACCGCCAGGGAGCUCCGGGGUCCACUGCUCGUCAAGACACAGGUGAUACCCACCCCACUAUAGCGGCCAUUUCUCUCUCUGCAUCCAGUCCUAAUGAGGCCGCAGGAGAUGACACUGGGAACCACUCUGCACCUGUGGAAGGCCGUUCACGCUCGGUGCCCACGAGACACGGGCUCCAGCCGCAGCUGCACUUCGGGGGGUACGGCCUGCGCAGGAGGCCGAGAGUCCUCUACACUGAGGAGGACGUGCCCAAGGACGACGACUACCUGUACUGCGAGGAGUGCGGCUCCUUCUUCCUGGAGCGAUGUGAGGCACACGGUCCGCCCACCUUUGUCCCCGACAUCCCAGCCGAGCCGGGCCUGCCGGCAAGGGCUCGGCGCACUCUGCCUCAGGGCCUGAGCAUCAGGGAGUCCCAGAUCCCCGGAGCGGGGCUGGGGGUCUUUAACACGGGUGCCCUCAUCCCAGCCGGGGUGCACUAUGGCCCCUACGAGGGAGAGCUGGCCAGUGAGGAGGAGGCAGUGCUGAGCGGAUACUCCUGGGUGGUAAGUCUCAGGCUCAGACCCAGUGAGCCAGAGGCCACCCAGGUGUUUCCGUGCUCUCAGUGCUCCGUGUGCUUCACCGCCGAGCUCUUCCUCCACAGGCACAUCCGCCGGGCUCACCCCCAGGAGUACCUGCGGCUGCUCAGGUCUGGCGCAGUCAGGGCCGAGAGCCUACAGCUGCCGCACAAAUGUGUCUCACACAUCUGCCGGACGGGGUUCAGGACUCUGACCACUGUCCGGCCCGGCCC